AUGGGAAGUUCCACCAGCUCAGGACCCUCCUCAACAGCUGGAACCAGCUCCAGCCCCUUCACCUCCACAGUGGCCACCACAGUGACCUCCACCCCCACCUCGGGACCCACCUCCACCCCUGGAACCACCUCCAGCCCCAUCACCUCCACAGUGGUGACCACGACAGCAUGUCCCACCAGCUCAGGACCCUCGUCCACAUCUGGAGCCACCUCCAGCCCUGGCCCCACCAUGGUGGUGACCACAGCGACAUCUCCCACCAGCUCAGGACCUUCUUCCACCCCUGGAUCCACCCCAACCUCUGUCCCCUCCACGGUGGUGACCACAGUGGCAACUGCCAGCACUUCUGGACCCCCUGCAACAGCUGGAUCCCCCUCCAGCUCUGGUACCUCCCCAGAGGUGACCCCAACGACACCUCCCAUCACCUCAGGAUUCACCUCCAGCUCUGGAACCUCCACGGUGACGCCCACAGUGACCUCCACCCCCACCCCUGGGACCACCUCCAGACCUGGCACCUCCCUGGUGACGUCCACAGUGACCUCCAGCCCCACAUCUGGACCCUCCUCAACCACGUCCCACACUCCUGGAUCUACUUCCAGCCCUGGCACCUCCUCAGGGGUGACCCCAACAACAAGUCCCACCAGCACAACGUCCUCCCCCACCCCUGGGAGCAGCUCCAGCCCUGGAACCACCACAGGGGUGACCCCAACGACACCUCCCACCAGCUCAGGACCCUCCCCUUCCACCCUUGAGUGCCAGAACGGUGGCACCUACGACGGCUUCCGGUGUCUUUGCAUCCCCAACUUCUACGGCCCCCUCUGCGAGUUCUCCACCAGCUCCAUCGACACCAACCUCC